AUGGCUGUACAAGUAACAUUCCUUGUGGUAACUAUGCUGAUACUCCAAGUCCAUGGUGAGGUGUACAAGCCAAAGACUCUCACCAUCGGAGGCAUCUUCCCCAUGUCUGGCAGCUGGGCCGGAGGUGUGGGGUGUUUACCAGCUGUUAAAAUGGCUUUAGAGGAUGUCAACAACAGAACUGACAUCUUGCCAGACUACAAGCUGGAGAUGCAGUUUGACGAUAGUCAGUGUAAGCCUGGGCUGGGAACAAAGGUCCUUUACCAGCUCUUGUAUGAUAAACCAACAAAGCUGCUGGUUCUGACCGGCUGCAGUAUUGUCUCAACUUUUGUAGCACAGGCAGCUAAAAUGUGGAAACUUGUCGUGCUGUCGUACGGUGGAAGCUCUCCUGCUUUAUCCAACAGAGAACGGUUUCCGACCUUCUUCCGAACUCAUCCUUCUGGAACUCUCCAUAACCCAAUCAGAGUCAAGGUCUUCAAGAAGUUCAAGUGGACUAAAAUUUCUACCAUACAAGAGACACAGGAGCUCUUCACUUCU